AUGAAGUUCUUCUUCGCCGCUGUUCUGGCCCUGCCCGUAGCACUGGCUGUCCCUACUGCGAGGCUCAGGCAUGCCAUUGCGAUAACGGUCAGGGCCACGUCACUGAGGCCUCGUGCUUAUACUUUGGUUCCGUUGAACGCCCCGGUCAAUGGCCCCCCUAUGGAAACGGUGUUCACCGAUGCGUAUUGUUUCGAAGCCACAGGUAGCGCCCUCUCGAAGGGUGUGUGCAAGUCCGUCAAACUGUGCAAGGAUACUCGUGUUCCGGAAAACCCCGACAUCGGUAUCUUUUACCAACUUUGCUGAGCGCCUGUUCUUCCGAGGCGCCGUCCGUGGUUGGCCGGGGGAACACGGAACCUGUAAUAUUAGCACAGCAAAUCAUGUAGUGUUACGAAGUAUAGUAGCACUUCUUCAAUAUCGGGAGGCACCUCCGGGCUUUAAUACAAUGCGGUGAUCGCAAUCUUGUCAGCUCGUGAUGGACGGAGAGGCAAAACUCAUCAUCCCGAAGGUCGUCGACUUCGGAUGUUAGAUGUAGCACAUUCAUUAGGUAGUCGGGUCUUUAGCACCUCAAGGGCGAUAUGGUGAACUUUUCCAAUUCUUUAUGCUUGAAGAUGAUUCUCACAUGCGUUCCGGAGUUUUAGCGUUGGAGAAUUG